UGUACCACCUGCCACAGCGGCGACGCAGCGAUGGAGAGCUGCUGCACAUUAAUGUAAGCGCACGAAAGAAGACCACAAUCGAGAGAGAGAGAGACAGAGGGACAGACAGAUAAAAGGGUCGGAGAGAGAGAAAGAAACGGAGAGUGGCCAGCGGAAACACAAACAUAUGGUUUGUCUGAAGAGCGGCUGUUUGUGAGGACUGUAGGACCGGGCUCAAACUUAUUCAGCCACCCUGAUCAACUGAGAGGCGCUUCUGGUUCCACCUCAUUUUUUUGGGACACUUCUUCGCUUUAUUUUUUUGCGUGCGCUCACCUGUGUGCGGCUGCGUUGCACACCUCCGCUUGAUGAGUUUGUGCGAGCUGGAUUGCGGCUGUUGUACCUUCCCGUUGGACGCGCGCACACUCGUACGCACGCGGAUCGUCACAAGACGCGGUGCAGCCUACACAAGCUUCUUGCACGGAAGAAAUUGAAUUAGACAAGUUAUCCCCGCAGAAAAGACUCUCGCUUUCCCUUCAUUUCCACCGCUCAGCGUGUCUCCUCCGGGCCCACCAGGAGUCUCCAAGACCCCCACCUCACCCCCCCUCUCCGACACCCACCUCCCCCUUCUCUCUCCCCGGUAACAAGCCAUGUCUGGACAGACUGUGACCAUCCCGGACGACCGGGCGUUUGCCAGCUUUAAGGCGGAGUGCCUGUGCGAGGAGGGCUGGAUUAUGAACUACAACAAGCGGGGUAUCACGGUGUGGAGCCAGGGUCUGGAGGAGGGCAAGUCCGUCCACAAAAUUAAGUGUCAGAUGGUGUGCAAGGACGUGUCAGCUGAGACCAUGUACGACGUUCUCCACGACAUUGAAUACAGAAGGAAAUGGGACACAAACGUCAUUGAGACCUUCGAUAUCGGGAAACUUACGGUCAAUGCGGAUGUUGGUUACUACUCAUGGAGGUGUCCAAAUCCUCUUCGGAACCGCGAUGUCAUCACGCUUCGCUCCUGGCUGCCAAUAGGGAAAGAUUACAUCAUCAUGAACUACUCAAUCAAACAUGCUAAAUACCCUCCUAAAAAGGACAUGGUGCGAGCUGUGUCUAUUCAGACUGGCUACAUGAUCCAGUGCCAGGGACCCAACCACUGUAUCCUCACUUACUUGGCCCAGGUAGACCCACGAGGUUCAUUACCCAAGUGGGUCGUCAACAGGUCUUCCCACCUCCUUGCUCCUCGUGCAAUGAAGAAGAUCAACAAAGCCUGUCUGAAGUAUUCAGAGUGGAAGCAGAGGCACAACCCCGGCUUCAAGCCCUGGCUCUAUCCCGAACAGACUACAUUACCCAGCAUCCCACUCUCUGAGCUCAGCAUCCAGCAUGCAGAGAGCCUGGAGAAUAUUGAUGAGAGCUCCCUGGCUGAGACCCAGGAGAGAGAAGACAGCGACUAGCGCACACACAUACACACAGUCAUGCAUUCAUACACACACAGACAGUAAUGCAGGUUUAAAUGGGUGCCUGAUACACAUCCAUAAUUACACACAUGUGAUUCAAUAUGUAAAUGUGUGUGUGUGUGUGUGUGUGUGUGUGUGUGUGUGUGUGUGUGUAUACGUGCACACACAUACUUACAUACAUGCUGUACAUGCAGUUGCAUAUGCAGGCGAGCUAACAGGCCCGUGUAUGUAAGCAUUCAUGCACACAGACAAACUCAUACUUGGCCAACUCCAUCCGUACUCACAUACAUAAUGUAUGAACACAUAUAUACACUAACAUGCAACAUAGAUGCACUCACUGACACACACACACACACACACACACACACACACACUCACAAGUGGCAGCGAAACUGUGUUUUUAAGUCAGUAAGCCAAUAUUCUAUAAAUGUGAUUUGGUUUUUUCCCAUUCUUGUUCAAGGGAGUUUUCUAAUCCGGACCUAUGCAGAUUAUCAUAGCAAAAUAUAUUUUCAGUAAGAAACACUGUUAAGAUGUUUACCGACUAACCUGACUGUGCAGGACAGUGGGAAGACACACCAGUACAGCCCCUAAUGCUCAUGAAUACAAUAAGCACAUACCUGUUUAUAGGUAUAGACACAUUCCACUCAUUUAUAUUACAUUCAUGCACUCAGACAUGCAUAUACACACAGUUUGUCUCUUUGUUGUCACUGUCUCUCCAUCACAUUUUGUAAGCUCAUGAUACAUACGCAGGUGUGCAGAAGGCAGCUGGAACCCCCAAAACCAACCUGCAACCCUCUCACACACACACACACACACACACAGACAAAAAACCAAACCACAAAACACACAUACAGAUUUUACGCUCACAUGUACUGUCUUGCUCCUCUAUUUGAGAGAUGUAUGAAUGUAUGUAGAGUUUAAAAAAAAUUAAAUACAGACUCCUACAAAGGUUUUCAAAUUUCA